GCCACGGUCACUGUCAUGACGCAUCGCCAACAUAGCCUCCUCUUAUGAAGCUUUCUAUUUGCUAACCUUGAGGAGAGGUUGGCUCCUUCCUUGUGGUUUAGCGUUGGGGAAGGAGCAACAAUUUAAGCAACCGGGGCUUUUCUCGAGCGCUAAAUAUGUGUCAGUCUUGCUCUAAAGCUGCCCGUGUUACGGAUAGCUUGAAAAGAGAGCUUCCAAGGGCUGGCAUGCUAACGCUAGCUAAGUGAGUGGACCAAAUCGGUACUAGUUCGAACCUCUUGCUUGGACAGCUAUAGUUAACUCUGAAUACAAACCUGCUCUGGUGAGGAGGCACUGACAGUGGAUAUAAAAUCGGCGGGGCAUAGUCGGAAAGUGCAAUAUAAGGGCCUGGCCACAUCCCAUUUCAGGCCACGGAUGAAGAUGAAGACUGUUGGCAAAAAGUAGGAAGGAAGGAGCAUUCACCGGGGCCAUGAACCUUCAUCAGGUCCUCACAGGGGCCGUUAACCCUGGGGACAAUUGUUUCUCUGUCGGGAGUGUCAACAAUGUGCCAUUCACGGCCUAUGCUUCUGGUUGUGACGUGGUCAUUUUGGGCAGUGACUUUGAACGAGUGCAGAUCAUUCCAGGGGCCAAACAUGGGAAUAUCCAGGUGGGAUGUGUCGACUGCUCACUGCAGGGAGGACAGAUUGCAGCUUCCUAUGGAAGCAUCGUAUGCAUUUUUGAGCCAGUUCAGUAUCCCGAUCAAAAAGACACGUCGCUGACAACGUUGAACUGCCAAUGGCAGAAGACUGGCCAGUUUGUUUUGCAGUCUAUGGUACCUAACCUGGCGUGGCACCCCAAAGGGAGCAUGCUUUUAACGGGCUCCAGUUCCCUGCAGUUAUGGUCUCAAUUUGACGCUGAAGGAGGAAAGCAGGCACAAAUAAAUGACAGUCAUUGGGCUUGGAGGUGUAUCUGGCAAAGCAAGACAGCCUCUCCAGUCAGUCUAAUGAAGUUUUCUCCUGAUGGAGAGUUCUUUGCUACCGCAGGGCAGGAUGACUGUCUAGUGAAGGUGUGGUACAGUACGAGUAAGUGGAAGUCUGGAAGUUUCAGACUUCUCAUGCCUCCAGAAUCCGGUGUGGACUCCCAGGGAGAGAUCAGCUUUUCCUUUGUGUACCUGGCCCAUCCACGUUCUGUGAUUGGCUUUUCCUGGAGGAAGACCAGCAAGUACAUGCCGCGGGGUUCAGUGUGUAAUGUCCUGCUCACCAGCUGUAAGGACAGUGUGUGUCGGCUCUGGGCCGAGACACUGUUGCCGGCGGACAGCCUCCUAGCGGGUCACCAUGGUAACCAGCACGGCGACACUCAAAGAUGUGCCAGCUCUUCCAGCAGGAUCUGCAAUGGGAGAACGCAAGCAGGGACAGCACAGGAACCUGCUUUUUUCCGGGAUGCGCCACAGCCCCCGCUCUCCGGCUGCCUGUCCUACAACCAAAACCGACACUCCAGCCACAAGAAGAGCGGCGAUAACCUUCCCCACGCCGAUGUGCUAUGUCACUUUCACAUAGCGGCCAGCAUCAACCCUGCCACAGACAUUCCACUGCUUCCCUCCAUAUCGUCCCUGAGUGCCGGGGAGGAUGAGGAGCCGGGAGGCCUUUUCAUUGUCCACUGGCUCAACAACAAAGAGCUUCACUUCACCUUGGCUAUGGAAGUGUUCCUGCAACAGUUUCGCGGCAGCCUGGAGCAACAGAACGAUUGCUCUCAACAAGAGCUCAGCAAUGAAGACAAUUAUGACGAUGAAGUGACGAGCAAGCCAAGCGACCCUCAAGGGCCCGAUGUCAUGGAGCCCCACUUUGCAGCAGCAGAGCACCACGUGGACGUGCUUUUGGACGAGUGGAACAAAGGGGCAGACAUGUUGUUCAGCAUCCAUCCCAUGGACGGCUCUCUGUUGGUCUGGAAUGUGGACUGGCUAGAUGAAUAUCAUCCCGGAAUGUUUAGACAAGCUCAGGUGUCCUUUGUGUCCCGUAUCCCCGUGGCCUUUCCCGCAGGGGACGCCAUCUCCCUCAGUCACAGUGUGGUCAUGUACGCUUGCAACAAGAACGUGGAUUUGGCCAUCCAACACGGCAGACAACGACCACCCGGGAACACGUUGCCCCAAAAUAAAUCGGCGCUCAUCAGUUAUGGCCGUCAAGUGAAAGUGGCACCGUGCAGCAGUCUUAGGUUGAGCAUUUUCACUCCCAACGUGCUGAUGAUAUCUAAGCAUGAUGACGGCUCCCUCAACCAGUGGGGGGUGAGUUUUGCUGAAGACUCCGCUUUCUCCACGGUGCUCAGUGUGUCUCACAAGUCCAGGUACUGCGGCCACCGCUUCCACCUAAACGACCUGGCGUGUCACUCUGUACUGCCGCUACUUCUCACCACCUCACACCACAACGCCUUGCGAUCCCCUGAAGUGGACAGCAUCCUUGCCCCGCCAGAGGUCUCCUCCGGUUCCCGUGGCUCACGGUCCAGCCGGUUGUCCCUUGGUAGCGUUUCGCAGGAUCCAAACGCAAUCUACAGCGAGCUGAUUUUGUGGAGGGUUGACCCCGUGGGGCCGCUAUCCCUGUCCGGGGGAGUGUCUGAGUUGGCCCGGAUCAAUUCUCUUCAUGCCUCAGCGUUUGCUAACGUCGCCUGGCUGCCCACACUCAUCCCCAGCAGUUGUUUAGGUGCUUAUUGUAAUUCUCCCAGCGCCUGCUUUGUCGCAAGUGACGGCCACUCACUCAGGCUUUAUCAGGCCGUUAUUGAAGCCAAGAAACUCCUCAGCGAGCUCUCCAAUCCUGAGAUAUCAAAAUAUGUCGGCGAGGUGUUCAACAUCGUCAGUCAGCAGUCGACAGCCAAACCGGGGUGUAUCAUUGAGCUGGAUGCCGUUACCGACUUUCAGGGAAAGGAGACCCAGCUCUUGCAUGUAUUUGAGGAGGAUCUAAUACUCGGCAACGAGAGACCAGGCAACUGGCAGGAAAUGACGGAUUCAUCUCGCUCCGGUCUUAAGAAGCCCACUUUUGCUGCAAGUUUUUUUCUCGUGGUUGUUGAGUUAACACCAAGUGGCCAGUCCCUCCUACAGAUGUGGCAUCUUCAUCUCGCGGCUAAACCCGUCACCAUGGACGAGACUUUCUCCCCACGAGACGCCCCCACAGCUGCUUCAGCCAGCCGCUCUCAGUUUAACUUUGAUACCUUCAGCUCGCCGAUAAUUCAGAAGAGUAAAACCUCCACGUCCAAUCUGCAGAGCGCAUGUCGCCUCGGCCUCACCACCCAGAGACUCUACAGCCAAGAAUUGCCUUUGCCAGUCGGGGUGGAGGCCAUCAGCGUCACGCCCUCAGCAGGUCACCUCAGUGCAUCGUGUUCUCUGCCAGCUGGCCGUGUGCCAUACCUCCUCGCGACUUCCUGUUCUGACGGAAAGGUGCGCUUCUGGAGGUGUAGCGUCACGGGAUCCGAGACUUGCGGCAAUGACAAGCUGGUGUAUCAGUGGGAGGAGUGGCCUCUACUGGUGGAAGAGAGGCUUCCUAAUUGCAGUGCCGUGAGCGUGCCAGGUCGUCCCGUUCAGGUCAGCUGCUGUCACACGGGACGAAUGGCAGUCGCCUACAGGCACGCCACGCCGGACACACCUCUGAACUUGACACCUCAGCUAAACUCUCACACGCUUUUGACUUUCCCUCCUGCCCUGGCUUCCUCACCUUAUUUGUACCACAACAACAUCACUCCAAGCGUGACUGUGCAGCAAAGCCCAAAUGCCUCUCCGGGCCUUUCCUUAGCAAGCGCCAGAGAACAGCUGGUCUACAUCGCCAUCUUCCAGUGCGAAUCCACAGGUGGUUCACAGUGGAUUCUAGAGCAGACAAUUGUCUUGGAUAAAACUGAUGUUAGCAACGCCUCGUCUCCGGAUUUAUCUUUGCCUAACGAGCACUGCCUCGGUUCUACUCAUAAGAGUUUAGUUCACUUAGACUGGGUCUCACAAGAAGAUGGGUCACAUGUUCUGACUGUUGGCAUAGGGACAAAGAUAUAUAUGUUUGGGCGUCUGUCUGGAAAGCCUCCCGAGCUUUGCCUGACAUCUGACGGCAGCCGAGACCAAAGCGCGUCGCGCCUGGUUCUGCUUCGAUCUGUCGACCUGGUCUCCUCUGUUGAAGGCUCGCCGCCCAUCCCGGUCUCCCUCUCGUGGGUACGCGAUGGCAUCUUGGUCGUAGGUAUGGACUGUGAGAUGCACGUCUACUCCCAGUGGCAGCCCCCAGCACCGCCCAAACCCAAUGCCGCAAUUGGCCAGGACACGGACCUCUGCAGCAGUGUGUCCUCCAUCGUCUCAGCCGUGAGACAAAGCCAAGAGGAUGGGCUCAGUCUUGGGCCUCCCACAUCCUUACUGGCCCCUCCUAAAAAAGCCCUGACCAGGUCAAUGAUGAGCCUGGCUCAGAAACUCAGCGGGAAGCGAACCGCCUACGACCUUCCCUUGGAGAUGGAAGAUUCCGGACUGUUUGAAGCAGCUCACCAGCUCUUUCCCACACUGCCCCAGUACCACCCGGUACAAUUACUUGAGCUCAUGGAUCUGGGAAAAGUUCACCGUGCCAAAGCCAUCCUCUCCCACCUAGUCAAAUGCAUCGCUGGGGAAGUCGUGGCUCUUAAAGACAACACCAGCAACCCGGAGAAACGCGUACGCUCUCGAACAAUUAGUGCAGGAGGGAGCACCGCCAGGGAAAGGAAGAUGUUUGGCAAAGAUGAGAAUUCCACACCGGAUUAUACCGAGAUCAGCUCCAUUCCUCCUCUUCCUCUCUAUGCCCUUCUUGCAUCUGACGAGGACACGCCCUCAAAGCCUGAAAAAGUGGGCAGUGUGAGUGGUGAUAGCGGGCAUGGAUCCAGUCACACAGACGCUUACGAUGAGUUAUUUCACACACCCAGCAUUGCAGACUUGGAUCCUCUGGAACAAGUUGAGCAAGAAGAAGCUGGGAACAAGGUAAUUGACUUGUCCCAGUACAGCCCCACUUACUUUGGCCCGGAGCAUGCCCAAGUUCUGUCCAGCAGUCUCCUGCACUCCAGUUUACCGGGCCUAACUCGAAUGGAGCAGAUGUCUCUCAUGGCACUGGCCGACACCAUCGCGACCACCAGCACGGAUCUGAAAGACAACCAGGACCAGAGCAAAGGCGGCGAGACGCUGGAUGACUGCGGCCUUAGGUUUUUGCUCGCUGUCAGACUACACACCUUCCUCUCUACCUCUCUGCCCCUGGCCCACCGAGCGCAGCUGCUCCGGCAAGGCCUGUCGACGUGUCACUAUGCCUGGGCUUUCCACUCGGAAGCUGAAGAGGAACUACUUCACAUGCUGCCUGCCCUCCACCAGGGUGAGCCCACCUGGCCCGAGCUGCGCUCAAUGGGCGUGGGCUGGUGGCUUAGGAGCACCAACAAGCUUCGGAGAUGCAUUGAGAAGGUUGCUAAGGCCACUUUUCAGCGAAGUAAUGAUCCUCUGGAUGUUGCCAUAUUUUACCUGGCAAUGAAGAAGAAGGCAGUGGUCUGGGGGCUGUACAGGUCACAGAAGAAUGCCAAGAUGACUGAAUUUUUCCGCAACAACUUCAGUGAAGACCGAUGGAGGAAAGCAGCUCUGAAAAAUGCCUUUUCUCUGUUGGGGAAGCAGCGGUUUCAUCAUUCCGCAGCCUUCUUCCUUUUAGCUGGCUCCCUUAAGGAUGCAGUAGAGGUGUGUUUAGAGAAACUGCAGGACCUUCAGCUCGCUCUUGUGAUAUCCAGAUUAUACGAGUCAGAGUUUGAGACAGCAUCCACCUACAAAAAGAUCCUCCAGAGACAUGUGCUGGGACAUGAUAAACAGAUACCGAUGCACCCGGAUCCAUUCUUGCGGAGCAUGGCCCACUGGGUUCUGGAGGAGUACAGCAAAGCUUUGGACACCCUGCUUGAGCAGACUGCCAGUAAAACAAAGUCAGGCUCCAGCGAUCACGGUUCAACGUCCGCAAGUAACGCCGGGGUUUUCAACUUCUACACCUUCCUUUGUACGCACCCGCUCCUCCUCCGUCGCCAUUUCGGCUCCUCCAACAAGGCGAAAGUGGCCCUGACCGCCGAGGGUCGCAAGGUUGACUCCAUUAGUCUGGACGAGAGACGACUCUUUUUUACUGCCGCUUAUGAUCAUUUGCAAGCGGGCUGCCCGAUGCUGGCGCUGGAAGUCCUCUCCAAGAUGCCCAAAGUCCGCAAAAGUUCCAAAGUCAACCAGGAGUCCCCCGAGCUCAGCGCUGGGAGUAAGAGCGGGCCGACGUCUGAGCGGGACUGGUCCGAGCCCGCGCUGAAUGGCUACGAAUCGGGCGGUGGCAGUUUAUCAAACAGUCGCUCGGAUUCAGUGUUGAGUUUUGACUGGAGCCAGCCAUCGCUCACACAUCCAGAUGAGCCACUGGAGCUGAAGUGGGACAGCGACAGAGAUGACGAAGAGGAGCAGGAAAGUAAAAGUGGCAAAAGCAGCAGAACGGUACACAACAGCAAUGUGUUCCACGACAGCAUGUUGUCUACGAUGGAAGCGGCGAUGAGCGAGGACAGCGAGGACGGCGCUGACUUCAGCCACCCUUCUGAUGAUGUCUUGGCCACGCAGCUCAAGUUUACCGCCUGCUUGAAGAUUUUGACCAAUGAGCUGAGGACACUUUCAACAGGGUACGAACUGGACGGAGGAAAACUACGUUACCAGCUCUACCAGUGGCUGGAAAGAGAGGUGGUGACUCUCCAGCACUGUUGCAGUUACAAGCCAUGUCUUGUGGAGGUGUCUACCCUAGAAGAUGUACAAAGUGCCGGCUUGGUUGAAAAUGAACUGGCCCCAAGCCCUUGCAGCGACAGUCAGAGGAGCAGGAGACACUGGCUGAAGAGCAAUCAGCCCUUACUGAGGAUGUUCCUGAGCUACUGCAGCUUGUACGGAUCCCACGGUGGAGGAUUGGCCUCUGUUCGCAUGGAGCUCAUUUUACUGCUUCAAGAAUCUCACCAGGACAACGGCAGCCCAUCAGCUAUGACGGCAUGCUGCCAGCACACCUCGAUCCCGCUCCUGAUGGCUUGUACAGCAAACAUGAAGACCGUGGUGGCCAAUCCUAUUGUCUACCUGACCAACCUGACGCACGACAUCCUCCAGACCAUCAAUGCGCUCAACUCCCCUCCGCAUCCAGAUUUUGUUCAUAAUGAGAUAUAUGUCAUGCACACUUUGGCUGCUUCCUUGUCUGCCUGCAUUUAUCAGUGUUUAUGUGACGGACACUAUAGUCACAUGAACAACUUCACAGGAAUGGUGUAUCAAAGCGUUUUGCUCUCUCAGAAGCAGCAAGCAAGAGCCGCCAGCAUAGAUGGCUCCGUUCAGCCUAACACAUCUCCUGCACAGUGGCCAGGCAUCGCCUCAAUGAUCCGUCUGUUGAGCUCAGCGGGUGAUGAGAGUCAGCCGGGCCUUUCCGUGUUGCUCUGUGAGAUCCUGACAGCUGUUUACCUCAGCCUCUUUGUGCACGGCAUGGCCACUCACUCAAGCAAUGAGCUCUUUCGCAUCAUGGCCCACCCUCUCAGCAGCAACCUCUGGGUGACGGUGUUCGGAGGCGGCGCACGAACUCCCGUUGUUGAGAAAGCCAACAGCCCAGCAAAAACUCCCCCGCCAGCUUCACCGGGCACAGACGUCCCUGAUAAAAAGCCCCGACGGUUCCGACUGCGCUCCUCACGCAGCGGAUCGAAGGAAGACUCCAGUAUAGACAAGGACCCUCCUCCGUCCAGUCCCAAGUCCGAACCGGUGGUAGACCAGGAAGCUGCUUCCAUUUUCAAAGAAUGUUUUGUCCCACCGGAGCUCAGCAUUUGGGAUUACUUGAUCGCCAAGCCAUCCCUGCCGCCGUCAGAUAACCGAGUUCAAUACGACUCAGAAGAGAGCCAGGGCAGUGAAGAUGAUGAAGAAGAGGAGGAAGAUGAAUACGACGAUAUAUUUGACCCCAACUCCCCUAAAAAAGAGCACACUAACUACAAUUCAUACAGUUGGUGUUUAAUGCGCUUGGCAAUGGUUCAGCUGGUGCUAGUCAACCUCAAGUCCUUCUACCCCAUAGCAGGAUAUGAUCUAUUGGACCUGCCUGGAGCCUCCCCGCUGUGUCACAGUGUGCUGAAGACACUGCAGCGCUGGGAGCAGGUGCUGCAGAAAAGAUUGGAAAUCUUUGGAGGCCCUCCAUCCAAGUACAUCUCCACACACUUCCAGGAGGAAGCUAUCACGCCAGGCCCCGCCCUACUCAGACACAAGGCGCUGUUUGAACCAUCCAACACUCCAUUCAGGACGAGCCACCAUUCAGCCCUCCCUGUCAAGCGCCUUUGGCAGUUCCUGGUAAAGCAAGAUGAAGUGCAGGAGACAUUCAUCAAAAACAUCUUCACCAAGAAACAUGACGCUGGCGAGUUGGUUGAGGACCAGACUGAUAUGAAAUGUUCAGGGAUGGACGAGACAGGAAACCACCAGACUGAGUCAGAUCUGGGCUGCUCUGGGGGGAAGGCUCGCAUCAUUCACAAGGAGUCAGACAUCAUCACGGCUUUUGCCAUCAACAAGGCAAAUCGUAAUUGCUUAGUCAUGGCCUCUACACAUGACAUUCAGGAGUUGGAUGUCUCAUCCAUUUUGGCCACACAGAUCUUCACGUGGAUCGAUGACGAAGAGGUUGAAACUAAAGGAGUGGGCACAGAUGACUUCCUGGUGGUCCACACACACGAUGACUUUGUCAGCCUACACGGCACCACGCCGUACACUCGCAGCAGCCCCGGCACGCCCAUCAACAUGCCGUGGCUUGGAGGCCACCAGACAGGCCGGGGAGCUUCCGUGAUGAUCAAGAGAAAUAUCAACAAUGUGAGAAGAAUGACCUCACAUCCCACGCUGCCGUACUACUUGACAGGGGCGCAAGACGGGAGUGUGAGGAUGUUUGAGUGGGGUCACUCCCAGCAGAUCAUCUGCUUCAGAAGUCCAGGCAACUCCAGAGUGACCAGGAUUCGAUUCAACCAUCAAGGAAAUAAGUUUGGAAUCGUGGAUGCCGAUGGCGGUUUGAGUCUCUGGCAGACCAACACAAGCGGAGCCGCUCCCAAACCUUAUCUGACUCUACAGUGCCACAACAAGACGGCUCAUGAUUUCGUCUUUGUGGGGUCCUCCUCCCUCAUUGCCACUGCGGGUCUGUCUACGGACAACCGGAAUGUGUGUCUAUGGGACACAUUGGUGACUCCCAUGAAUAGCCUUGUCCACGCCUUCUGCUGCCAUGAGUCCGGCGCCACCGUGCUGCUAAUGGCGCCCAGGCAGCAGUUGCUGAUCACGGGCGGGAGAAAGGGCUGGAUCAGCGUUCUGGAGCUUCCUCACCGACACCAGCGGCAGAGCUUCCAGGCACACGACUCCCCCGUCAAAGCCCUCGCCGUCGACCCGACCGAGGACUGCUUCAUCAGCGGGUCUGCCGAAGGCAGCUUGAAGAUGUGGAACCUGGCCACGCAGUGUCUGCUCUACUGCUUCCCCAACGAACACGCUCGGCAGUCGCUCUUCCGUAACUUGGGCACGGGCGUCAUGCAGGUGGAGUUUGGGCCAGCCAAUCACAUCUUUUCCUGCGGCGCUGACGGCACCAUGAAAAUGAGGAUCAUGCCUAACCGCUUCAGUGUCAACAACAACAACACCCGGCAGCAUCAGCACGGCAACCUCAAAAGUGAUGUCAAGUUUAUUUUGUAGACAGGAACUGUAGAGAGACUCCACCCAUGGACCCGGAAAGUCACAAAGUGGACACAGGGUUGUUGUUUGUCCUUUUUUUUUUUUUUAAUUAAAAAGAGGUCCACUUGAGAUUUGUCUGCACAGGCAGUAGGUAAGAGAAUCCUGGAUUGAUUAUAAACAGACGAUAAGCAGACAUCCGAACACACUGGAUUCGGUUUUACAUUCCCGAUUGAAAGUUUGGCUUUUCAAAGCACAUUUGAGCUGACUUUUGUCGUUUGUUGCAGUUCUCUGUCGGGAACAAGGUGAUAUCUGCAGCUGCCUGACAAAGACUAAAGUGUCUGCAGGCAGGUUAGAGGUAAGGCGAGUUGUGGCACCUACCUUUCCGGUUCUCACGCUCAUGCUAACCUCAGUCACACGAUGCACAUCGCUGGAAACGCGUCGUCCCAAAUCUCUAUUUGCAUAUAACGGAGACUCGGAAUUACACGACUUGCAAAAUGUUGGGAUUAUUCCCACUGAAAUGUGCAAUCAAAAGUUUAGAGGUCAAAUUCAGUUCACCUGUAAAGGUUCUCGUGCAAUCUAGCCCAAAGCCCACACUUUUUGUGAGUCGUGUAAAAUGUCAACAAAGCAGUUGAGAAUAAUGUAAAUAGGAUGCGAUGUACAGCACAUUAGACAAAGAUCUAUAUUCCUCGCCAAUUAUAUGAAGUGUCCUUAAUCUCUGACUACUAACUAGCUGUGGUGGUCUGUAUUCUUGGUAUAAAGUUGCACAAAAUGUAGCUUUAAUUUAACCAGUGCCCCUCUUUAAAUGGGAACACCCCCUUUUCCUAUUUUGGGAGGGUGGCUGCUGCUGUUAUUCCCAACCGAAUAAGCUGAAAAGAAGUCUUGUGGGCGAGCAGGUUUUAACUGUUUAUUUGUACAGAUGUUUUAUUCCAAUAACAUCACACUUUCUGCUACUUAAUGUGAUUCAUCUUGGAUACUUUGAAUUAAAAUGGAUUCUUUUGUUGUUUUCUCAGCCAUUUAAAGGAUUUUUGUUGCCUCCACCGUUGCUCAUCCCGUGUCUUCCGUGCUAAAUGCUACUAGCUAAUGUGAAGGGGGUGACGUUGCACCUUUUCGUGCGACUAGAGGGACAGAAUGCAUGUUAGUUUUGAUUUCCCGGGGAGAUGUCGUUAUAUUAUCUACACACGUGCAGAGAGUGAUAGGCCCACACUGAAAAAAAAAAAAAAAUACAGAACAGAAUUGAUUGACUGAAGUUGUUCUUUCGAAUGACAUUUAACAUUAGGAGAAGAAAUAAAGCAAAAAUCUUAACUGGAAAGUCCAUUUGCCAAUAUUAAGUUUAAACAUCAAAUGUUGCCUUUUUACUCAAUUUGAUUUCUAAAUGAAUUAGAAGUUAUAUGACUAAAAAUUGCAACAAUAUUAAAUAUACCAUUGACAGAAAUGUGCUAUUUGAUGAAAAUUAAGUUGUAAGAUUGCUGGAAAAAUUGUUAAUAUUCCAUCUAAUACAAAAGUAAACUUAUUCGGGAAUAAAUUAAUGAAAUUAAAUUUACAAAUGUUUUUUCUUUCCAAACCCACCGAUACUAUUCUAGUCAUCAAAGAGAAACUUAUUCUCAUAAUUAAUAACUCAAUCCUGUAUUCUUAAAAAUAUCACUUUAUGCUCAUUACAGCGCUACUUUGUGUGAACUGCAUAAGUUUUCUAUCAAAAUUAAAAAAAAAAAAAAUAGCACAUGGGUCUCGUACUACAACUUAAAUAAACCUGAGCUUCUUUUUUUCUACUUUAAAAUGAGCCCUUCACACUCUUUCCUGUCAUCAUCCUGCCACUCGCUUGUACAAUCAUUUUACGUCAAAUAGUUGACCAAUUUUGUACAAAUCCAACUCUUAUUUAUGAAACGUGUUGACUGGCGGAAUGGCACAUGUAUGAUUUCUUUUCCUUCUUCGGCCUAAACAGUCGCGAUGCAAUUUGUUUGGUUUUUUUUUGUUCUCAAGUGUGUCUGAGAGAAAAGGAUGUGUACCCCUAACCCAUCUUGUGGAGUUGAUAAAUACAUUUUAUCUGACGCAAAGCACUUCUAUACACGCUGGAGAGUGGAAUAAACUUGAUCAAAGUGA